UGGGACUGAGUGUGAACUUACUCAAGGACUGUUCUAACGGGAGUUUUAUUUGUGAAAGGUUCUCUACGAGAGAAAUCGGACGUAAGCAGCAGGAUGAAAUUUGCAGUGGUAGCUUUGGUCUUUUUCGUAAACUUUCUUUGGACGGCUAACUGUGCUCCGCCAACUUGCUAUUCUAGAGUGUUGGGUUUGAGCAAAGAGAUUAUGGACAUGCUGGAAAAAUUGCAAAGAUACCAUCGCACGAAAUCGUGUGUGGAGGUGUUACCAAAAAUGUAUCUGGAUGUGCACAAUUCCUGUGUCAUGCCCAAGCUGCGUGACUUCAUGUACGUGAUUGAGAACCUUCCCACACAGUUCUGCAGAGAACGUCCUAGAAUCAUCAUGCUGAAACGCAAAGUCAGGAACCUGUACAUCAUCAUCAACAGAAUCUGUUACCGGGACCUUGUGUUCUUCUCAGAUGACUGUGAAGCCCUGGAGACUGGUCAAAGUUCACCAAGGUACGGGGAAGACAGACUUCAGCUCCUUCAGGAGACAUGAAAAUAAAGAUCACCCUUAAAGAAACUCACAUGCACACAUACAUACACAAGUGUGCGU